AGAUUGGAGUGUCCGCUGCCAGCCGCGUCCCAGCCGCUGCUGCCGCCACCUCCGCGCGCCUGCCUCCCCAGCGCAGAGAUCCAGGGCCCGGGCCGCGUCCCGCUGCGGGCACUCAGGGAAGACUGGGGCCGCUCCUGUCCCAGGAACUUUCUCAGACCCAGACUCCCGGCCAUCCAGCUGCGGCGGCCGCGCGUUUUGAAGGCAGCCGUGCGGACCCGAGUGACGCAGCAUGGAUGCCGGCAGCGAGGUCCCCGCGGAGGCUGUGCUUCCCAAGCACAUCCUGGAUGUCUGGGUCAUUGUCCUCAUCAUCCUGGCCACCAUCGUCAUCAUGACUUCCUUGUUGCUGUGCCCGGCCACUGCGGUCAUCAUCUAUCGCAUGAGGACUCAUCCUGUCCUCAACGGGGCUGUCUGAGAGCCUGCCACGAGGGGGCAGGGGAGGGAUGAGGGUAGCAUCCCCUCCCCCAGGCUCCUCCCCUUUCUCAGAGAAGCAGAAGGAGGGACUUUGGAGGAGAGACUCUGAAGCUUGAUACGGGAGGGGAGACCUGAGUUCUGGUUUUGAUUCUGCCACUGGCCAGCUGCGUGCGUUCCGCUGGGGGACCUAGUUCUGUGAGCUCCAGGUUCCUUAUCUUUCACAUGGGGACUGCGGCCCCUGCCCUUCCUACCUCAUAUGGUUGUGAGAAUCCAUGACGUUGUGGUGGGGGUUGAGGCUGUUUGUGAGCAACGAAGCCAACCCCGGUACACAGGGGUUACUGCUGGAUGCUGAGAAGCUCAGAAGAACCAAAGAACCCAAUUACUGAUGUGGCCUUCAAGAUGGCAAGGGAGACAGUGGGGCCAGAGCAGCCUUUGUCAGUGCCCCUCAGCUCAAACCACACAAAGGCACUCUGUCCUCAUUCCAAGGAGCCAGCCGUGCACUGGCUCAAAGGGAUUUUCUUUCAUGUGCCACUCCUUCAAGUUUUCUGAUUUGGGAGGGAAUUCAUCAUGGCCGCUGGGGGAGGGGGGGUAAAGGGGAGAACUUUCCAGGACUUGGUCUAUGCCAGAAUCUCUCCUUCUACAAUCUGGAGGAGGGCUCUGCCACGUCCUGGCAAUGCCAAGGGAGUUGGGGCAACUCCUUCUUUCUACUCUGGAGUCUCUUAGCUUGGACUCUCUAGCAAUGUUGGAAAAUGCAGGGUAGUCGAGUUCCCGGCCAGCUUUCAGCAUCUCCAGUCCCCAGCUCCUCGUGUCCCCCUCACCCCCAAUCCUGCUAGAUUUAGCUCUGUGGUAUAUGUACCCCCUUCAUUCACUCACACCAGCACUGCAAACAAUCCAAGGUACUGACUAAUGUGUUAAUAGCUGUUCCCAGGACUUUGGAAACUAGCUCAAAACAAUGAUGGUUAUUUUAGAUGCUAUGAUUUAUAUUUAUAUAAAGAGAUUUCUGGACCACUCAAGCUUUUUGACCCAAAUCAGGAGCCUCAUUGGACGUGCAAAUUAUAUAAAAAGAUAGCACAGAUAUCAGGAUAUUAUUGUGUGGAAAUGACGCUUUUAGUUUGAUCUAAUCUCAUUGGUGUACACAACCAACUUCUAAUAAAGUGCUAGAACAAG